UCGUCUCCAAAAAAUUGAGUGCUAGUAUGAGUUUAAGUCGGUUCGAUUCACCUUGGAGUAGUCUCUAUUUUUAAUCCCUUUAUUUCAAUUUUAAGAGAGAUUUCAACAAAUGUCCCGUGAAUCAACGUUGUCUUCUUAUUUUCAUCCCAUUUUCCUGGACGGAAUGCUAGGGGCCAUGCCGCUUAUCGUAUUUUUUUUCAACAUUAAAACUGCACAGCGUAUAUACAUGUUCUCAUAGGAUUGUAUCGUACCGCGGGCGGAACUGAGAACCUCCGGACAAGACUCUUCUUUCCUCCGGGGAACAUUAACAAUUAACAACUUCACGAAAUUCCAGGACUGAAAUGUUCCUACCGCGGGAAAGAUGCACGUUCAUACCAGCGAUCCUCCUCAUUUCCUCCCUGGCAAUCUCACCUGUCUUUUUACAAUCUGUAACUCUCUUCAAAAACAAGAACUUCGAUGGUCCUAAAUGCGAUAUCCAGGUCCAAGGAUGCAAACCGGUUUGUCCUGAAUUGAAGAGCCAGGCUUCAUCUUUACAAAUGACUGCCAACUGCGCUAAUUUCUACCGACGGGAAGGCUGUACAGCCUACAUGGGCACUUGGAGCUCGAACAUGGGUGAAAUUAAGAACUUGAAGCACAAGGAGUCCCAGGAUUCAAUCAUGUCCGUCGGGGACUGCAGCAAGCCAAUCCCGGAAAAUACCGUUACUUUUUACCAGCAUAAGCAUUAUCACGGGAAGAGCUGCACCUUACAGGUGAAUGAGGGCUGCCAACCCAUGUGUCCGGAAUUGGACAACCUAGCUUCGUCCGCAGAGGGAAACGCCGCCUGCAUCGAAACAUACGAUGAUCCGAACUGCCACCGUUACGUGGGUGAUUUAAUUGAUUUCAAAAUUGGGGGCUACAGAAACUUUGAAGAAUGGCCUAAGGUAUCUUACGGAUUUUAUCAAGACAAAAUCUCCUCCGUUAAGUUGUGCUCGAUGAACAGGACCGCUACAUUCUACGAAAGCACUUAUCAAGUAGGGAAAUUUUGCACCAUACCGUUAAAUAAAGGCUGCCAACCGAUGUGCCCCGAACUUAAAAAAGAAUUUCAUUCUAUGAAUGCGACAAAUAGUUGCGUUAGGACAUGGUCAGAACCCAACUGCAAAGGAGAAAAGAAUGAAUACCUUCCACCCGUGAAUCGCCAUUAUCACUAUGCAGCCUCUGUCGAGGACUGUGUAGACACGGAUCAGGACAAACUUCCAACGAGACUGGAUCUCAGGCGACCUGAUAUCUGGAAUUGAAAACAAUCAGCGAACCAUGAAAAGUGUAACAUUAAGAGAAGUUGAGAAUAAUUAUACAUGGUGUGUGUUUAA